AUGAGGUUAGACCCUCCUACUUUUGAGGGAGGACCUGAUCUAGUGACUGCAGAAAGCUGGUUUCAGCAAAUUGAGGAAAUACUAGAAGUACUUGGCUGCACGGACAAGCAGAAUGCCCGCUAUGCUGUAUUUAAGAUGGCAGGGGAUACGAAAUGCUGGUGGCUUUCUGUGAAGCUGCUAAAGGAGCAAAGGUAUUUCCCCUCAUCUAUUAGAGAGGAAAAGAUUGAGGAAUUCACUAAUUUGACACGAGGGAACUUGGUGGACAAGGCUUCGGUACUAAAGAAGAGCAACCAAGGAGGUAUAGAGCCGACAGAGCAGAAGAAAAGGCCUGCACCUUCCAAUUUUCAGGUCAAGGGUAGUCAGGGAUCAUGGAAGAGAGAUAAGAAUACAGUGGGUCCAAGGCAUGAGAUGGCAGAUUGGGGUUAUUCUGGUUACCAGGAUAAUCUAUCUUACCCUAUAUGUCAUAAAUGUAAGAAGAGGCAUAUGGGUGAAUACCGAGCUAGGGGUCCUAACUGUUACAGGUGCGGUAAAUCGAGGCAUAUUAUGAGGAUGGAGUCUAGGGAUAAUAAUACCAACGUAGGAGGCAGUAGCAGUAAAGGAGCUGGCCCUGAUGUUGGCAGUGACUCCAUGAGUGUGCUAAGGGAUUUUGCACAGUAG